GCUGUCACCCGUGCCAUGUGUGUGUCCCCCCAGGGAACCUGUGUGGCGAGGCUGGCGGUGCCCAGCGGGCUGUCACCCGUGCCAUGUGUGUGUCCCCCCAGGGAACCUGUGUGGCGAGGCUGGCGGUGCCCAGCGGGCUGUCACCCGUGCCAUGUGUGUGUCCCCCCAGGGAACCUGUGUGGCGAGGCUGGCGGUGCCCAGCGGGCGGUGGAGGACGCGUUCCUGCGGCGGUUCCUGUACGGGACGUUCCCGGGGCUGCUGGCGGACGAGGUGGUGCUGAAGCGCCGCGGGAACCUGCUGGUGAUCUGUGCCCUGCUGGGCCGGGCACUGCCACCCUACAAGCUCUACUUCCUGCUGGGCUACGCCGAGACCCUGCUGGGCCACUUCUACAAGUGCCCCGUGCGCCUGGAGCUGCAGACCGUGCCCGCCCGCGUGCCCUACAAGUACCUCUAGGGCUGGGAGCAAACCCAUGAACUUCCCACUGGGAGUGUCCUACAAACGACCCUAAAGGAAUGCUCUGGGAUGUUCCCAGUGUGCCCUACAAGUACCUCUAGGGCUGGGAAUAAACCUAUAAAUGUUCCACAGGGAAUGUCCUACAAACAUCCUCAUGGAAUGUUCUCAGAUGUCCUCACUGUGCUCUAGAAGUACCUGUAGGGCCAGGAAUUAACCUAUAAACCUCUCACAGGGAAUGUCCUAUAAAAGACCCUGAAGGAAUGUUCCGGGAUGUCCCCACUGUGCCCUACAAGUACCUGUAGAGCUGGGAAUCAACCUAUAAACUUCUUACUGGGAAUGCCAAAUAAACAUCCUCAUGGAAUGUUCUGGGAUGUCCCCACUGUGCCCUACAAGUACCUGUAGGGCCAGGGAUAAAGAUCUCAAAAGCUUUUGAACAUCCCCUGUGCCCUACAAGUGCCUGUAGGGCUGAGAAUAAACCUCUCACAGAGAAUACCCUAUAAUCAUCCCUAAAGGAAUGUUCUGGGAUGUUCCCAGUGUGCCCUACAAGUACCUCUAGGGUUGGAAAUGAACCUAUAAACGUUCCACAGGGAAUGUCCUACAAACAUCCUCAUGGAAUGCUCUGGGAUGUCCCCACUGUGCCCUACAAGUACCUGUAGGGUUGGGAAUAAACCUAUAAACCUCUCACUGGGAAGGUCUCAUAAACAUCCCUAAAUGAAUGUUUUGGGAUGUUCCCACUGUGCCCUACAAGUACCUGUAGGGCUGAGAAUGAACCUAUAAACUUCUUACUGGGAAUGUCCUAUAAACAUCCCCAUGGAAUGUUCUGGGAAGUCCCCACUGUGCUCUGUAAGUAUCUGUAGGGCUGGGAAUAAACCUCUCACAGGGAAUGCCCUAUAAAAGACCCUAAAGGGAUGCUCUGGUAUUUCCUCACUGUGCCCUGCAAGUGCCUGUAGGGCUGGGAAUCAACACGCAGCCAUCCCACAGGGAAUGUCCUGUAAGCGACCCUGGCCUUGGCAGC